CGCUACCCGGGCUGGCUGAGCACACGGAGGGACAGAGUACAGCCGCUUCUCCAGCACAAACACUAUUCUGAAAAUGUCAGGGGAAUUAGCUUUAAAUAUUAACAUCAAGGAGCCCCGCUGGGAUCAGAGUACAUUUGUCGGAAGAGCCAAGCAUUUCUUCACUGUAACCGAUCCGAGGAAUAUCCUUCUAUCCAAUGAUCAGUUGGAACGUGCUCGGCAGAUAAUUCAUGACUACAGACAGGGUACUGUGGAGCCAGGGCUGACUGAAGAUGAACUGUGGAGAGCCAAGUAUGUCUAUGAUUCAGCAUUUCAUCCUGACACGGGUGAGAAGAUGAUCCUGAUUGGACGAAUGUCCGCUCAGGUACCAAUGAACAUGACUAUCACUGGCUGCAUGAUGACCUUUUACAGAACAACACCAGCUGUGGUCUUUUGGCAGUGGAUUAACCAGUCUUUUAAUGCCAUUGUCAACUACACAAAUAGAAGUGGAGAUGCCCCCAUCACAGUCAGCCAACUGGGAACAGCUUAUGUUUCUGCCACCACAGGUGCUGUUGCCACAGCUCUAGGACUUAAUGCACUAACCAAGCAUGUUUCACCACUUAUAGGAAGAUUUGUUCCCUUCGCUGCUGUUGCUGCUGCUAACUGUAUCAAUAUUCCAUUAAUGCGGCAAAGGGAAUUGAAAUAUGGCAUUCCAGUCACAGAUGAGAACGGAAACCGAAUUGGUGAAUCUCCAAACGCUGCUAAGCAGGCCAUUUCUCAAGUAGUUGUUUCUCGGAUCUUAAUGGCUGCUCCUGGCAUGGCCAUUCCUCCCUUCAUAAUGAACGCUUUGGAAAAGAAAGCCUUUUUAAAACGAUUCCCCUGGAUGAGUGCUCCUAUACAAGUAGGAUUAGUAGGAUUUUGUUUGGUAUUUGCCACGCCUCUUUGUUGUGCGCUGUUUCCCCAGAAAAGCUCAAUGUCUGUAACCCGUUUGGAGCCUGAACUUCAAGCAAAAAUUAAAGAAAACAGCCCUGGGUUGGAGCGGGUUUACUUCAACAAAGGAUUGUAAUUAUGGCAAACCGACUAGAGAGCCACCAACAAUCAUUUAAAAUUCAUGUUUAGAACAUGUGCCAACAGUAUUGGACAAAACAAAAUGAGAAUGCAGCUCUUUGACCCUUUUAGUUGGAAAAACCUAACCAUACUUGUUUUAUACACUUGUGAAAAAGACAAAAAAUAAUGUUCAUUGUUUUUAACAAGAGUAGCCAAUCUGAAAUUAAAAGCGCCAAUCCAUUACGGAUUAGUAAUGAUGACCUCCUGAUGCUGACAUUUAGGGGUAGUUUACCUUUAAAUUAAAUUUUACUGCAAUGUAGACAUUAAUAUUCU